AUGAAAGUUGCGACUUCAAAGACCACAACAAAGCAAAUCAAUGAGCCUGUUGAUAAUGGUGAAGUUAAAAAGGUUUCGAGAAAGACGAUUUUGUGCGCGCUAAUUGUUUUUCGCAUUAUAAACUGUUUCUUUGUAAGGUCCUUCUUUCAACCCGAUGAAUUCUGGCAAUCAUUGGAACCCGCACAUGUCAAAGCCUUCGGUUAUGGGCAGCUGACUUGGGAAUGGAAAUUUGGGCUUAGAAGUUACGCAUUUCCUUUCAUGUUUGAAAUUGUAUAUCGCGCAGUUGCUCUUUUGGCGGCAACUAUAGCUUUUGUCGUUUCCAUCAACGUGGACUUGUUUGUCCUGAUGGCUCAUAAUUUUGCAUCUAAAUCCAAUUUUGCUUGGGACAUGGCUGUGGAGAUGCAGAGUUUUCCAAGGGAGGUCAGUGAAUACAUUGAAUAUAAAGGUGUCAUUUACGGCCCCAAACUCUUAAUGGCAAUUAUUGCCGCCGUAGGGGAAUUUUAUGCCAUUAGGUUGACUGAGAAAAUUUAUUACAAAUGUUUUGAUCGGGACGAAAUGUCUGGUAGAAGAGCCCAGCUUAAGAAAAGUGCUUUAGUGCUCUCUACGACAAACUUUUUCAAUUGCUUUAUGAUCACCAGAACGUUUAUCAAUUCUUUUGAAAUGGAUCUUACGAGCAUUGGUCUCUUUUACUGGGACUGGACCAAUGGCGAUUGUAUUACCACUUUCAAUUUCACCAAAAGUUUGUUUUGUGGUCUAUUCCUUUGCCUUCAGAGACCGACAAACGCGUUUAUCUGGGGUCCCAUGGGUCUGUUUAUGGGUUUAAAUCUCAUAUCGAAGGGGGAGUACAGAUCUCUUAGUAUACUGUUCAGAAAAGUGAUCUUAGUACUACUCAGUGUUGUGGCUUUGAACUUGGCAAUUGACUACUACUUUUAUGGUGAAGUUUUCUUUCCAGCAUUCAGAUUCGUUAAAUUCAAUUACACGAGCGCGCUGUCAGAAUUUUAUGGCACGGCACCCUGGCAUUUUCACCUUUCCCAAAGCCUGCCCCUAAUCCUGGGCUAUUCCCUACCGCUUUUGCUUUUCGGAUUUUUUUUCGUCAAGGCCAGCAAAGCCUCGACGUGCUUCAAUAGUCCUUGGACGCAAAUAAAAUCUAUUGUUUUGAUAAACGUGUUAUUGUUUUCGAUGAUAAAACACAAAGAGUUUCGCUUCCUCUAUAAUCUGCAGCCUUUCUUUCUCGUCAUCUCAAGUGUUGUCUUCACUGAUUUUUCACCAAAAAAAAACUUAGGAAAGCAACUGUUUAGAUGGUACAUUUUGAUUGCUCCUUUUCUUUCUGUCAUUUCAUCUACGAUUCUGUCAUCCUUUCACGAAACAGGUGUUGUGGAGGUCACUAAAUAUUUGCACGAGAUACCCAAAAUUCACAGCGUUGGGUUUAUGAUGCCUUGUCAUUCAACACCCUGGCAAUCUUAUAUUCACCGCCAAGACAUUGAUGAUAUUUGGGCUAUAACAUGUGAGCCUCCCCUACAUUUAUUGUCGGACCCCGAAGCUCAGAUUAAACUCCCGUCUUACAUGGACGAGAGUGACCAUUUAUACGAUGACGUUACCAAGUUUAUUUAUCAAAACUUCCCACCCGUUUUCCGUAAAAAAUUGAGAUCACCGAAUAAAGUCUAUACACAUGAAUGGCCCGAGUACCUUAUUGUUUUCCAGCACCUCGACGAAAUCUUUAUGAAGGACUUACUUAAGAACAGUGGGUACUUGGAAGAAAUUAGAUUUUUCAACAGCAUAAGCCAUUGGGAUUCGAAAAGGUCGGGGGACGUAGUUGUAUAUUACAAACCUCCUUGGUUAUGA